AAAUAUGGAUGCGGAAUAAAACGUUCAGUACAAACUAAAUUGAAGGAUAGUCUGGAAUGUAUUCCAUUAGUCAAUCGUCCAAAAUCCACCUCUUUAAAUAAUUACGACCUGAAAAAAAGACUUGAUUCAUUGCAAUUAUUUUUAACUGAAUAUGUUGUUGACGUACGAUAUUUUGAAGAGAUUUAUAAAUCUAAUGAGUAG